AUAUUUGGCGUGGCCAAUCAAUCGAAAUCUCUCCUGAAUAUUCUGGAGGUGUGUUUCAUCUUCUGCAAGGAGUGUUUGGUCUCGAUCUGCGUUUUCUCUGUCAAGAUAUACGCUACACAGUUUAUAACAACUCCAUUUUAACAUGGCACAAGUUGUAACAGCCCAGCCAGGAACCACUGUUGUUGUACAACAAACCCAAGUUCUGAGGGACUGGAAUUCAAGCGUAUUUGACUGCUUUUCUGAUAUUGGUUCUUGCCUCUAUGGUUUGUGCUGCCCUUGCUUCCUGUUGUGCAACAUCUCCACCCGUAUGGGUGAAGGAUUUCUCUAUGGUUGCUGUUGCUCUGAGAUCGCUCCAUUCACUCUUAGGGCCAAGUUGAGAUCAGAGCAGCAUAUUCAGGGCUCUCUUUGCAACGACUCCCUGCUUGUGAUGUUUUGCCCCGCCUGUGUGUUGUGCCAGAUGGACCGUGAGCUUAAAGCCGUUGGCAAGUAAACGUGGACGAUGGGACGGAUGCAUCGUUUUAAGCCUCAUUUGGCUUUUUGCUGUAAUCUCUUUUAUUUCAAUCCGAGAAAUAAGGCCAUGUGAUAGUACUAUGUUAUAUGCUUUGCCUUUAAACUGACUAAGGUGUGAUUAUUCGAGUGUUAGAGGGACUGCUUAUUUUCAGUUUUGGUUUUAAAGCAUGGUCUGUACCGUUUUUCAGCAUUUAUUUUUAUCACUGAAAUAUUCACACUAUGGAGUCAGAUCAUUUAUCCAAUUCACGACUGCAAAAUUGUAACCCGUUCUUGUGCAUUUGUUAAGUUUUGAUUUGAUAAUAAAUGAGAUGUUGGUGGA